AUGGACGACGCACCGCCGGGGUACUCGCCACCUUCCCGUGGUCGACGUCUGAAUGGGAGUUGCGAGGUGGACGGCAUUCCGCUGAAUAACAUGCGUCCCGGUUUGGAGUCCGGACAGGAAGAGGUUUCAUCACGCUCGGUAUCCCAGAUGACUUUGAUUAGUCCUUCCCACUUGUGUUCUGUCAGUCAGAUUGUUGGAGCCGGCGGCUUAGCGAGGACGGUCCACUCUGAUCGCUUCCGGAUCGACAGAGACGACCAACGUCGAGCGCAGAGAACUCGGUUGCAGAAAAGAAUUCAAGCCACCCUAGAAGAAGGGGCUAAAAAGUUCUUCUUCCUUCUCUACUUCACCUCAAAUGCUGCGAUGCUGAUCCGCAUGGCUAUCAAGGCGUCCAACGAGCGACGGAUGCAGUCUGACGAGGUGCUGGGCUGGACUUUUGUGCAGUUCAUGAUGCUCUUCGUCUUGCUGGUUCGAUAUGUCUGGAUAAGCAUCAUCACGACCGAUAUCGGUCUCCUGGACAGCCUAAGGAUUGCAGCUGCAACCGCUGGCACAUUGGUUUUGUGUGGCUGGUAUCUUAUUGAAAUGGCGCACAAGUGGCUGUUGGGUCCUGUUGAUCAAGGGCGGCGAAGAAGAAUAUCUUCAGAGCCGCACGGGUCGCCGCAGCGGAACGACUAUGGCAAGGACAACACUCACGCCACGAUCCAAAGUUUCAACAAGAGGUAG